AUACAUCGGGGUGAUUGCUGUAUGGAUUAUGCUCAUGUAUGCAAAGCUCAAGACUGCACUGUGUUCGAAUGGUCAGACUGGACGGAAUGCGACAACCCGUGUGGGUACGGUACCCGCAGGCGAACCCGCAAGGUGGACACGUACCCGGAGAACGGCGGCAAGCACUGUCCCACCCUGAAGCAGCGUCGGGCCUGCGUGGGCUUCGACGAGGAAUUCUGCAAGCAGCUGAAUGUGGAGCAUCAGGAGGAAGAACUGCAAGAGGUUGGACGCAUUUUGCCAAUGGAAUUUGGUCUCUACCGCUCCAUGAAAAAGUUCGAUCCUUGGAAGGGGAUCCUGAAGAAUCUUUACGACCGAUACUUUAACCAAAUCUUCACGAGAGCCACGUACUGCGGCAAGUACGUCAUCAAGCACACCAGCAAGCACUGCGAGGAGACGGAGUGGGCGGCUGCUCUCAAGGCCGACACCAAGGUGUGCGUGGAGUGCCAGCCCGUGGCCAUGACGGACAUCGGCAUGCGCUGCAUGGGCCACGGAGUCUUCGCCAAGACCACAUCAUGGAAGGCCGUGGAUGUCAAGCAUUGCCACGGCACCUGGGAGAUGGUGCAGCAGCACGAGCCGUGCACGUGCAACGCGGAGGUGGAGCCCAGCUUCAUCUUCAUCUAAAGGCCACACUCACCAGCCUGGUGGCAGCCUCCUCAACCGGUUCUUCAUGCGUUCGUGUACAUUAAAAAAUAAUAAUAAUAAUAAAAAGAGAAGAAACAGUUUGUGGUAUGCUUGGACUUGGCAAGCCUGCGGUU